AUGAUAAAACCAGGGGCGACAUCAGCCGGGCCAUCAGCGAUCCAAAGGAUGGCCAAGCGCAGGGAAUUCUUGGGGCCGAAACAAGAACACAGGAAGGGUUACCAUCACUCUCGAAUGGAAGGGUCCAAUCUAGGCACAAAUGAUCAGGAGCUCUUCCAAAACAUUGCACCUUCGAACAUCAUUUAUUACCCCAAUUAUAAUUCGUCUGGAAAGGUGAUUCCUGACGAUGACUCGGUGAAACGGGAGGUAGCAAUUGUGAAGCUGCCCUCAGAGUCAAAGAAGAGCCCUCCUCCAAUUCAAUGCAUCCCUGGAGUUGCAGGCAUUGGGACUGAGGUUACAGUCCUUGAUUUGGCUGAAGAUGAGAAUGACGGUAGAAAAACGAAGGUGUUCAAAGCACAAUACCUCCGCGUGCAGUGUCCCCCAGCUUUAUUCAGCAGGGAUUCCACAAACUGUUUCCAGCUGUCCAACAGAAGCGCUUUUGAUGUGAAUGACAGGGGAAAUCUUGCAUCACCAGUCGUUCUCAAUUAUGGACAAGCAAAUGCCACAGCUGUUGCAAUCAAAGCUUACACUUUCAAUGUGACUGCAACAGAAACGAUGAUGGCAGCUGCAAGCUUUAGUGACCCUGAGUUUCUCAUGUUUGACCUCCAAGCUUUGCUCGGCGGUCGACGGAUUGAAAUCAGUCCUGAAGAAUAUGUUUUGGCCGCCUCGAAUUUGUACGUCGAUGUUUUUACUCUUUUCGUUAUGACUCUUAUGCUUGUGGGUGCCGCCACUGGAGAUCGAGCAGUGAGCCUUAACUUCAUCAAUGAGCUCAUUAUGGCCAGCCAGCUCCAUGAUGAUCAGAAGUUUGCCAAUGACUCAUCAAUUGCUGAGAUAACUACUGCUGAUGAUGAUGAUGAUGAUGAUGAUGAUAAUGCCAAUAGAAAUUCUGCAGCAGGCAUCAUCAGCAGCAGGAAACCCUCUUUGCUCUCACUUCCGACGGAAAUCCUGGUGCAGGUCCUCAAACACGUGCCAGCUCGAGACGUCGCCCUGUCCGUGUCCAAAGCUAGUCCCGACCUCGCUUUCGUCAUACUCGGUCUGCAAAUCCCCUACGAAACCCUGACCUUUCCCGACCUCUCCGACCUGUCCGUCGUGAACGUGGCCAAGAUCCGGUCCAUAGUGUCGCCGCAUCGGUUGCGAGAGUUGCGAGUCAGAGUGCGGAUUGGCGGCGGUGAGACCAUCGUUUGCGAAGUCCUGUUGGCGGCGUUCCGGUGCGCCGCUUUGAGGCGGCUGUCGGUGCGAGUCGUGGGCAGCGACGGGGAGGGGUUCUCCACGUGGUUCAUUCUGCACGAUGACGAGACCCGGGGUAUCGGGGACGCCAUUGAGGACAUCCUGAGGCUGAAUACCCUGGAGGAGUUGGUGGUGGAAGGGGUGCCGAGGUUUGAGGCCCUGGCGACCCAUGCGAUCCCGAGUAGCAGCAGCAGUGCUGAUCAUGACGAAGGGCGUGAUAAUGAGAGUCUUGUGUGCUCUGGCUUGACCAGUUUGUACUGCAAUGCUGGAGGCUACGUUUCGUUUCUGCUUCGUAGAACAGCAGCCAAGUUUUUCCACACCUUUCCAAACUUGACAACGUUGGUCAUCAGUCCUCCGCCAUUUUUCCCGACAACCUGGGCUCGACUCACGUCAGAAGCAGAAAAGGGAUUCCAGAAUUUGCACAAGUUCAGUUUCAUUGUGCCAAAGAACUGGAGAGCCAUCUCCAGUCACCCCGAUUUCUUGCCGCUACGGAAUCUGCGCAGUGUCACUAUAACCUGUUGGAACAUGACAAGGAUGAAAGGCGAGGACCUCAUCCAGUUCCUGCCCACCGUUGUCAAGUCGGAUCUUCGGGAACUCGAGCUCGACGGACACAUGGGCUUCGACGACGACGUCUUGUCCCUCGUCUCCACCCUGUACCCAAACCUCGAGUACCUCAAAGUACUCAACUGCUUCAGCAUCUCAGACACGGCCCUCCUCGCCUUCGUUGCCAAGUGCCGCCGCCUGAGGGCUCUGUGUUUCACGAACCCCCCGGACUUUGUCCGCCGCGUGCACAUGGGCGCGGACAUGCCAGUUUUGCGCCUCUCCUCUGCGUCCAGCUCCGCUGAGUUCUUUGACCAACUCCGCGCAAUCGCAUCAUCUUCAUCAGGCAACAACAACAGCACGACGACGACGACGACGACGACGAGAAGCAGGGAACUCGAGUUUCUGCGGCUGCACGGCGUCGACAUUCCGCGGGAUUUCAACUCGAGGCAGGAAUUUUGGCAGGGCAAGAUGGACGGAUUUGCAAAGGCCCGAGAGCCGAGCAUGUCUCGAGUAGAUUUGCAUCAACAGCAGUCGUCGUAGACUUCGCCUCUUGCUUUGUCAGCUGUAUAUCUGAAAAAUAUACACGACGAGGGCUCUGGAUCCCUUUCUUUUGUGCCGGGUGUUCCCGAAGUAAUAAAUAAUAGGAAUACUGAAGGUCGUAUCGAAGCGGAAACUGGGCCAAAUAUUCCUUUAUUUUCUGUUCACUCGAGGUUCAGCACGCACAAAGGAAUCUCAGACAAAAAAAAAAGUCUCAUUAUACAGUAUACAUG